AAACAGUGUUUUAGGAAGUGACGUUGUCUCACACUAGAAGGAAAUGGAGCGUUUCUUUUAAUAUGUGUAACUCAAGAGCUGCUGACUUUCAGAGUCUGCAUACAGAAAAUAUAUAUAAAAUUUUUUUUCAUCUGCUUGUAAAACUGAAUAAAGGAUACAAUUUUAUAGUUAUAGAACUGGAUCGUGUUAUUAGAUUUGGAUACUUCUAACUGAGACAUAAGCAAACCCUGGAUGCUCUGCCAUGUGCUCAGUGUUAAUUGUGCACACUAGUGAGGCCCAGGACUGGGCCUCAUACCUAAAGAUCAUCCUGGAGGCAUCGCAUCAUUUCCCACAGAAUUCUAUUUCUUUCUAUCUUUUGGAUGGAGAACAUUCAAUGCAAGAUGAAGACUAUUCGAUUUUCAGCACCAGCCAGUGCAUCUUGCUUUUGAUCUCGGUAGCAUUUAUAGAUAUUCAAAGUGAGCCAGGGGUGCGGAACGGCUUGAAAAAGUUUCUAUAUCCUCACAGUAAAAUCGUUGCAUUUUUGUGCGGCGUCUCUGAAAGCGAUGGUUUAAUGGACUGUUUUGAAGACUGGAAUAGUUGGAGAAAGCUCGAUUCAGAUGAUGAGCCAGCACUGUAUAUCGCCACAGUUUGUGAAGUUGUUGAAGAAGAAAACGUUACUAAUCUUGAGGACAAAGAGAUGCGUGAAAACAAAAUCACAUCACCAAGACAAAGUAUGGAUCAGCCAGCUCUAGACGAACCUCAGCUCCAUUCAGAUCAGUUUCACUCACCAGAGGAAGCUGGGGAUGUUUCUGAUAGAAACUUGACUCAAUCCAGGAGUCUAUCUGCAUCAGAAGAACAGAAAGCAUGCCUUACUGUCCAACCUAACAGAAUCCUUAGUGGGACCCCAGUGGAUAUUUAUUUCAUCAUGGUAAACAAGUUGGACAGUCAAGACAAUAUCGAAGUGGAGUUUUGUUGUGAACAUUCAACAAAACUUGUGUCGGGAACUGCUGUGAACGAAUAUAUUGUUACAGUUCAGUCACCUGAUAUGCCAACUGGGGAAGUUACUCUGCAUCUGUAUAGUAAUGAGUCGAUUGUAUGUUCAACAACUGUGACAUACUACACAGAAAUGGAAGAAAUUAGCAAUUAUCUUGAGAAAGUUAUGGACCCUGUGAAUUUUAUGUGUCAGGCAUUCAGUAUCACGUCCAGUGCAUCAGAGGAAUUGGAUAACUUGUUUACAGAUUCCCUCAAAAACCAGAUGCCUCCAAAUGGACUAAAAGUAUUUGGAAUUAAUCAGCUUCAAGAGGACAUUACAAAUCAGCGGGAUGUGGAACUCCCAACAUUACUUCACUUCUCGGCAAAGUACGGAUUAAAAAAGCUGACAAGCACAUUGCUGCAAUGUCCUGGAGCCCUUCAGGCCUACAGCACAGCGAACAAGAAUGGGGAUUACCCAAAUACACUGGCUGAGAGAAGUGGUUUUCCUGACUUGAGACAGUUUAUGGAUGACUAUGUUGAGACCAUAGACUUGGUUAAGUCCCACAUAGAGGAAUCCAUAACAACUCCAGAAGAUGAGGAUAUUUAUGAGCCAAUGGCAAAUUCAUCACAAAAUUUUGUUGCCAAGUUUUCUCUUCAGGAAGACAUAUAUGAGUCCAUGAUGCAACUCAAUCCUGACAUGCAGUUGUAUGAAGACUUGGACAGUUUGGACAGUUCUUUCAAUGAGUCUCAACCAGAAGACGCUGUGCUGAGAAAGUUUUUCGAAGUAAAUGCAAAGAAGCAUUCUGAGACCGAAGACGAUCUCGGAAAUGAUACAUACUCUGGUAGAAGAGUCGAUGAGACUGAAGAGGAAAACCUAGAAGACAAUGUGGAAAACUAUGAGGAGGAAGAUGAUGAGGACCCAUAUAAGUGCUGCUAUCCAGAUGACAUUUAUGACACCAUUGAUGAUGAAGAAAGCUUUGCAUCUGUAAUCGUGAAUCGUCCACCAGCCCCGAUACCUCGAACAUGCACCUCUUCAGAGCCUGAGGAAUGCAAAACCUAUAUUUCAACAGUUUUCUCCUCCAAGAACCCGCUGUAUUCAGAGAACAGCUGCAAAAAGGACCAAACUCCUCAAGUGAGACCAGUGCCAGAGCGAAUGCUCAGCAGUGGCCACGAUCCCUAUGCUGGCAUGAAGACCCCGGGUCAGAGGCAGCUCAUCUCCCUGCAGGAGAGGGUGAAGGUGGGCGCUCUCACUGUGGAGGAGGCAGUACAGGAGUUUAAAGCCUGGCAGUUUGACCAGGAAAAACGAUCCCAGUCCAUCCGCUUCCAGCAGGAAAAUUUACAAAAAUUACGAGACAGCAUCAUCCGACGUAAAAAAGGAAAAGGUGGCAAAGUGCUUGAUCUGGAUAUAACUGCUCCUGUACAGAGGAACCUGCGCUGGGGAUCUCAUAUGAAUGUUGAAUGUUCAGUGUACGUCCCAGCUUCUGGCUCCCUCACCCAACCCCCCUCUGUAAACCGACCACCACAGAGAGGAACUUGGCAGACAGGAAGUACAUCCAGCACAUCUAGCAGUGGCAGCAACAGGCUGAGUACGCUGAGCACCAUCAGCAACAGCAGUGGGGCAGAAGAGCUAGAGGAGCCUCAAGAGAAUGUUCUUCCUCCGCCUCGACCACCACGACCAGCAACUGAAACUCCGCCCACACUCCCACCUCCCAGAAUCCCACCUCGCUUACCUGAUCGGUAUCCAGAGAGCAUGCUAAAUGAGCGGUACGUAUCAAGUCCAGCUCGUCACCUCUCCCACGCUCCUCCACACAGAGCCAUUCCUCCACCACCCACAACACGACGGCCACGGUGAUAACCACUUCUACCUGACUCUUGCUUACUAUUGUGCCACUUUUACCAAGCCUAUGGAACUCAAACGUGUAAAAGACUUUUCAUAAUGAAGAAUGCUAAAGUUUGCCAUCUGGUGGCCACGAGUUUUAAAGGACAGCUGGAGGACUACUGCAGUGAAAGACCUGGGGAGUGGUUCUGGGAAAGGCACUGAUGUUACUUUUUGUCUUUUGUUAUUGUUCUUCAAUAGCACAAAUUUUGCCUAAAAUUAGAGCAGUGUAAAUAAUGAUGACAUUGAUUUUAACAUGUUAAAUGGAUCACUGUUUCUGCUUUGAUUAAAUCAUUUUCCAUGUCCCAGCCUCUACAACCUUCAGGACCUAGGAACUGUAGGUUAUUUACAGUUUGUAUGUAAUGUUUUAAUCCAAUCGAAUUAACACAUUUCUCACACCAUAUAAUUUACUAUUUUUGUUUGUAUUUAAUACGAGUACUAUAUUAACUUUUCACUUCUUCCCAGAAGUGUUUGUCUCCAUGACAUGUGAACUGGACAGGAAACUAAAUAUGAACUGAUAAUGACACUGAUGAUUGUAACAAAAGGAAACUGAUUUAAGGUUAUUAUUGUUCACCUGCUAGUCUGCACAACAUUGUUCAAAUUAACUGAGUAUAGCUUCAAGUUUAAAGCAUUUCUUUUCUGAAAGACAAAUAUAAAGAAAGCUGUAUGAAGUAGAAAUAGCAGCUCAUGGUCACAUUAUUUUUUUUAAAGAUAUUAAAUAUGUACACCAGGCCCAGCUCCACAGGGGACUAGGGUGGGCCUGGCCCACCCACCCAAGAGGAAGAGAGAGAGAGAAAAUUUGUGUUAUCACAAGGAUAUAUAUUUGUAUUUAUUUAUUUUAUGAUACUUCAACUUAUCCUCUCUGUGGAUAAGUUUUUAAAACCAGCUGGCUUGGGGUUUGUCUGUUCAACUCAUCAACAUAUAUAUUCGGCGUCAUGGUGGUGUAGUGGUUAGCACUGUCACCUCACAGCAAGAAGGUCCUGAGUUCGAGCCCAGCGGCCGGCGAGGGCCUUUUUGUGUGGAGUUUGCAUGUUCUCCCCGUGUCCGCGUGGGUUUCCUCCGGGUGCUCCGGUUUCCCCCACAGUCCAAAGACA